AUGGUUAAAGUUAAUAAAGAAGCUUAUGUACCACUUUUGCCUUAUGAUCUAGGAUAUGAAGAGACUAUUUUACAAGUAAUUAAAUCAUUAGAUUAUUUAGAUAAAGUUGUUGAAUGUGUAUAUGAACAUGUAAGAGGUAAUAUUAACUCACAAAAAUUGGAAAUAGUUAAACUGAGUGAUAAAUUGAAAAACAUAGGUAAUAAAGUACAAUUAUUGUCAAACACCAAGAAAUCGAUUCAAGUUUAUUCCAGUUCCAAAUAUCCUGCUACACAUUUACAAAAAGAUUAUGAAUAUAGUUAUGAUUUUGAAAUAAAAUCUGAUAUCACAGACAAUAUCCAAGUUAGUCAUCAAAUAUGUGCGUCCAAUAAUCCAACUGAUAAACUUAAAUUUUACCAUGUUGAUGACGAAAGUAAAAAGUUAUCCAAAAAUAGAGAUAUUAUUCAAAUGAAAGGUCUUGGCAGAUUACCUGAAGGUAUAAAUUACAUAAAUUCCUUAUUAUUAUUUAAUUCAAAUGAAAAUUUAUACAAAAAUUAUGUAUUAUCUAACCCCUAUAAAGUUAAAAUAACACAAACGAAUAAACAAGUCGAAAAAGUUGAAAAUAUUAACAAACCCGUUUUUACAUUACCAUUAAACGACACCGAAAAUCAGUUUAAUUAUUCUUAUACGCCGGAAUAUGAAGAAGUUCCUUCUAUUGAUGUGCCGGCUGAUUUACCCGAUCUUCCAGGAAUCGCAGGUGAUGUACUAUGUUUUAAAAAUGAAGAAGAAGAAAACAUUGGCACACCAAUUGUUUGUAAUCCAUCUAGUGUAGUGGAUCUUCCAAGUUUUGAUGAGUUAGACGAUAUUAAAAACAAAGAAAUAGUGUCUGAUAAUUUGAUACAGACUGAUAAAGAAAUCAUAAAACCGGUUGAACCUGAAGAAUUGUCAACUGUUACAUAUAAUAUUCAAAAUAAAAUUGAUCAUAAUAUUGAAGAUAUUGAUAACUCUAUUAAAAAGGAUCAAAAUGUUAAUAAAAUAUAUAAUGAUAAUAUUAAUACGCACAGUGUUCUAAUGGACGAAAUAAGAAAUGCAGGAGGAUUACAAAAAGCUAAAUUGCGCUCAGUGGUCGAUAGGAAAACAAACAAUGAAAUAAUGCCCACUGGAGAUGGAUUAAUGGCAGAUUUGCAUAAAAAGUUAGCGAUGCGAAGGCAAGGGAUUUCUGGUGAUAAUAAACAAAAUGAUAGCAGCUUAGAAGGAGUAAUAUACCGUAUGGCUUCCACAAUGUUACCUCCAAAUCUCGAAUCUGAAAGUGAAGUAGAUGGUGACGACGACACAGAAGAUGAUUGGGAUGAUUGA